CAACAACUUUUGCUGAAGCCUCAACAACAUGCCUGUCAACUCCAAAUGGCUGCAGGUAAUUGUGGACGAAGACGAGCCACGACCGCGUCUGAAUACCGUCACCAGCUGCAUGACAUUGUGCGACAUUAAAUGCGACAAUUACGUGCGACUGAUUGUGGCAGACAUCUCGUUGGAGGAUGAACCGACGGCGACCUUGAAAAUAUUUCGCGGCACCGCGUUGCAUACUGAACUGAAGCUUAACGGUAUACCAGCGGCAAUACAAAGUUUCUACAGCGAAGAGUCAGAGCCAAAGACGCCAGUUGUAGCAGUCGCCAUAGCCGAAUCGGUGCUGUUCUAUCGAAAUUUGAAACCGUACUUCAAGUACACAGUGCCUGGCAUAGAGGCCGAAGAGGCGGAGGCAGAUCUCUGGCGUAAAUUGCCAACGGUGCGUGUGGAACAACAGCCAGCCUUGGUUGAAAGUUUGAAGACCAUGGAGCGGCCCAAGUUGUCUAGAAAGUCGCAAAAGCUUAUACAACUACCGCAAGAGGAGCAAAAUGAGUUCAUCUUGAAAUACACGGAUGCCACGGUAAUGCGCCACGCCAAUAUUGUCGCUCUGAGUUGCCUACAACGCAUCUCCAGCGAUCCGAAUCCACCCUCACAUUUGGUGAUUGCCACCGAUAACGGUGAUAUACUGGUGUUGGAACCACAAAGUUUCGGUUUAAUUUACCAAGCCAAGACUUGCGCCUAUGAAACCGUGCCCUCUAUGAUUGCCGUACACGGCACGUAUGAGACCGAUUUCCGCAUAGUGAUUGCCACACGUUAUGGUGGUGUCUAUUUGCUACGAAAAUCGGUAAAAGAGGGACAGGAGAUAUUUAAAAUUUCCCAUCCCUUCACCGGCUUAAUGCUACUGCCAGUGGAUCAAACCAUUACAGUAUGCGCCAUGGAUUGUAGACUCGUCUGCUAUUCGAAGAAGGGUAAACAAUUGUAUGUGAAUAAACUCUCCGCUGUGCCGAUAUGUAUGAUUCCGAUAACGCUACCGCAUUUGGGCCUUACACUUUGCUGUGUAGCCUUGGAGGGUGGCCUGGUACAACUCUACCUGCAGCGGUAUUUGGUAAAUGAAUUCCAUAUGGUUUCGACAAUAGGCGCUAUGUGCUUCGGCCGUACCGGACACGAGGAUUAUGUGCUGACUAUGGUUGGCGUGGGGGGUGAGGUUUUCGUUAAGAUUUUGAAGAGAACCGCCGGUUUUGAUCCAAGUGAACUAAUGGCGCUCAAAGGCAAUUCGGAGAACAAAGUAAUGGUCGAAACGAUUUUAGAGAAAUCUAAAAAGAGUUCAAUAUUUGUGGAGCAAGCGGCUAGAGAAAAACAAAAUGCUAAAGCAACCUACGGCGCCUUCCAGGCUGAGCUAUGGCGUUUGCGUUAUGUAGCUGCUCGUGCUACUGUUGACGCCAUCAAUUCAUCGGAGAGCACAAUAUCCGGCGAUAUAACACAUGCACCGGUCAAACUGACAGCUGAGAUAUGUGGUGUUGGUCCAGAGUUUAGACUCUAUCUCACCAUACAGAAUAUGUCCAGCUACAAGAUGGCGUCAAACUUAACAGUUCUUUUGCAUGCUGAUCGUCGUCAUUACACCAUAAAUAAGUCGUUAGCAAAGUUACCCAGCAUUUUGCCCGGUGUGCCGCUGAAAAUCGACUUUGAAAUUGUCGCAGUUUUGGAUCCGAACGAUAAACUGCCACCGCAUACACUAACGAUAGAUAACUCGCAAAUUCGCGUUAUGCUGCUGAAAGCGCGCCAAACAAAACCGAUGAUCGCCGCUGUGAUCGCCAUGCCGCAAUCGGAAGCGAAUAUUUGAACGAUGUGCUGUGUAUUGGUGUGAGCG